CGCAGACCAGCCUCGGGCAGCGGUGGCACCGGCUAACAUGGAGACUGUGCAGUCUUUUUAACUGAUGAAGAACAAGGCUCAGGCUUCCUCUAAUUCUGAAGUGGAGUCACCCAACAAACAAUUAAGUCCAGUUAAAAUAUAGGCAUUAGGAAUAGAGGCUGCCACAAACCCUGGAUUCGCUUCAUUGGCUUUCCCGCUUCUUUUGCAUCCCAAAGCAUAAGCUUAAAUCGUCUCAGAAAGAAAAGAUCCGCCAGUUCAUGGCCUGUACUCAGGCUGAUGAGAGAACAGCUAUCUACUGCCUAACACAGAACGAGUGGAAACUAGAUGAGGCGACAGACAGCUUCUUCCAGAAUCCAGACAUAUACUACAGGGAAUCCAUGCGGAACUCUGUGGACCAGAAGAAGCUGGAGCAGCUGUAUGGCAGGUACAAAGAUCCACAAGAUGAAAACAAAAUUGGAAUUGAUGGGAUUCAACAGUUUUGUGAUGAUUUAAACCUGGAUCCUGCCAGUAUCAGUGUUCUAGUCAUAGCAUGGAAGUUUAGGGCUGCCACUCAGUGUGAAUUUAGCAAAAAAGAAUUUGUAGAUGGCAUGACAGAGCUUGGGUGUGAUAGCACAGAAAAGCUGAAGGCUCUUCUGCCCAGAUUGGAACAGGAGCUUAAGGACUCUGCGAAGUUUAAGGACUUUUAUCAGUUUACCUUUGGCUUUGCUAAGAACCCUGGUCAAAAGGGUUUAGAUUUGGAAAUGGCAGUUGCCUAUUGGAAAUUAGUGCUAUCUGGAAGGUUUAAAUUUUUAGAUCUUUGGAACACAUUCCUGCUGGAGCAUCACAAAAGAUCAAUUCCAAGGGACACUUGGAACCUUCUGCUCGAUUUUGGAAAUAUGAUAGACGAUGACAUGUCUAACUACGAUGAAGAAGGAGCCUGGCCUGUUCUCAUAGAUGACUUUGUGGAGUAUGCACGGCCUGUAAUCUCAGGCGGAAAACGCCGCCCCUUCUAGGAGGAACACAGCGGAGGUCCUGCAGAGACAGGGGCCAGUUGCUGUGUGUAUCCCUCCUUAGCAACCUUCCUCACCAGCCACGAGACAGGAGCCUGCACUCUGCUUCAGGGCUCCAGUGGCUGCUCUGCCACUCCAGGAGAAGCUCCUUGUAGGGCAGCUGCUUUAGGAA